AACAGAAAGAAUCCAACUGGACACAACAACACACUGAGAAUCCCAGUUUGUGCCGUUUGUUCUUAUUUUCCACAUUCUUCCAGUCUCUCUCUCUCUCUCUCUCUCUCUCUCUCUCUCUCUCUCUCUCUUCCUUUCUUUUAUCACUUUCUUCUGUUCCCAUUCUUCUCUUCUCUUCCACGGAUCUUCAAAAUCUUAAGCUAUUCUACCAAUAACACCAUAAUUCUCAAACACAAAUUCUCAUCCAGAAAACAAAAAUGAGUUUUUCUUUGUUAUCUAAAACAACUCCUUGCAUUUUUUUCUUCAUUCUACUUUCUUCCACUUGCUUCAUUUCAACAGAUGCUUAUGACCCACUUGACCCAAACGGGAAUAUCACAAUCAAAUGGGAUGUUGUGCAAUGGACACCUGAUGGUUAUAUGGCUGUUGUUACGAUGACAAACUUCCAACAAUAUCGACACAUUGAUGCGCCCGGCUGGUCCCUAGGAUGGACGUGGGCGAAAAAGGAGGUAAUCUGGAGCAUGGUGGGAUCGCAGACCACUGAACAGGGUGACUGUUCAAAAUUCAAAGGUAAUGUUCCACAUUGCUGUAAGAAGAACCCGACUGUUGUUGAUUUUCUUCCGGGUACACCAUACAACCAACAAGUCGCGAAUUGCUGCAAAGGCGGGGUGCUCAGUUCGUGGGCACAGGAUCCUACCAAUGCAGUGGCGUCAUUUCAAAUCAGCGUUGGUAGGGCUGGAACCACAAACAAAACGGUUAAAGUCCCUAAAAACUUCACCUUGAAAGCACCCGGACCCGGUUAUACUUGUGGGCCGGCGAAAAUUGUGAGACCUACUCAGUUUAUUCAACCAGAUAAACGGAGAGUAACACAAGCACUCAUGACUUGGAAUGUUACGUGCACGUAUUCUCAAUUUCUAGCGCAGAAAACUCCCACUUGUUGUGUUUCCCUUUCAGCUUUCUAUAACGACACGAUUGUACCCUGCCCAACGUGUGCAUGUGGCUGCCAAAGUAACUCAUCUCAGUCGGGUAGUUGUGUAAAUCCAAAUACGCCACAUUUAGCCUCGGUUGUUGCUGGUAACGGAAAGAAUAAUUUAUCACCUUUGGUGCAAUGUACCAGCCAUAUGUGCCCAAUCCGUAUCCAUUGGCAUAUCAAAGUUAACUACAAGGAAUACUGGCGUGUGAAGGUUUCUAUAACUAAUUUUAAUUACCGUAUGAAUUACUCCAAUUGGAAUUUGGUAGUCCAGCAUCCAAACUUUGACAAUCUGACCCAGUUAUUCAGUUUCGACUACAAGUCAUUAAAUCCUUAUGGUUCAAUAAAUGAUACAGCAAUGUUGUGGGGAGUGAAGUUCUAUAAUGAUUUUCUUAAUCAGGCUGGCCCUAGCGGCAAUGUUCAAUCUGAGCUACUCUUCCGAAAGGAGGAUAUGUCACAUUUCAGUUUUGGGAAGGGUUGGGGUUUCCCUCAUAGAAUCUACUUCAAUGGUGACAACUGUGUGAUGCCACCGCCCGAUGCAUAUCCAUGGUUACCUAAUGCUGGUUAUCGGCAAGAGGUUUCAUUGUUUGCUUUAGUAACGGCCUCCUUGGUAGUCUUAGUAUUUUAUGCAUACAUUUAAGGUUCCAACCUCUGGUUAUACUUCAUCAUUUUGGCAAUUUGGUUUCAAACUAGUUUUGGCUUCAUAUUUGUGAUGUCAAUUUGGUUUUUGCGGCAAUCAGAAAGACAAAACCGAGGUGGCAAGUCAAGAUUUUCUCGUGCAUCCCACGAUUGCUUUGAAGGAUUUAGUAUAUAUUGGUGGUAGAAUUUACUGUUUAGUGAUUUGUGUCUGUUAUGAUGCAAUGUUACAUCUGUAAAAAUAACAAAUAUAUACAGUAACAUUAUGUGAAAAUAUAAACUUGAUGAAUCUUGUGUGCAUUUGAAAUGCUAAUGGUCUUAAUUUUCUACUUGGAAUCAGUAUUGGUUCUGUUUGGAUUGACUGAGUUUAUCCAUUUAAACACUAGUGUGGUUAUUUGAGAUAGCUUAUGUAAACUGCUUAUGACUUGUUCAUAAGCUCUUCAAUUAUAUGAAAAUAAUUUGACUUUAUUUUA